AUUUUACGUAGAGAGAAACGAUGUGGAGGUCAUCAAUGAUCAAACGGUCACAAGAGCGAGAAGUAGGGAAUUUCUCUCACCUCUUCUCUCUGAAUAUAUGUGAGGCUUAGCCCCUUUUAUCUGGCUUUCUUUCCAACUUCGCGUGUAUUUCCCGAACCCCAGACAUCGAAGAAAGCACAAGAAUCGAACCACUUCUUCUAACCCCUCUUCCCUCCCAUCUACCAAGAGAAACCAGGAGUGAUUAAUCGAGUGUGAUAAACCCAAGCAACCCGAUUGAUUGCUCCCAUUGUUUCUGAAAUCGUAUAUGUUGUAUUUAGUCUGAACGCUCUUAACUGAGAUCUUGUCCUUCCUACAAUGUUCUUCGCCUUGUAGCGGACAAGGUAUAUAAAAUCAAUGCAAAUCAAAUUUUUCGUUUCAGUUUCAGCUAAGUUUCAUGACCAUGUAUAUCUCCGGAUUUAAUUGUUUUUUUUUUUGAGUAAAAAUUGAGUUUUUUUUCCGGAAAAGUGUUGAAGCUUCACUUUGAUUCCUUUACUCUUUACUCUCUCAUUAUUUUGCAAAUUAGGGUUUCAGUACUUUGUUUUUGGUUCCUAUAUCUGCGUACUGCAGGAUUCCUGCUUAUCUGGCUCUUUGCUGGAUUUUCUUUGUUUUAGGGUUCUUCAAUCGGAUCACAAUUUCUUACUGAGCUAGGGUUUUGUUCAGCAAUUCACACUUUCCCAUUUUUCUGAGAUAGUUGGGUGGUGCAUAGUUGGUUUUCAUCACUCACAAUUUCACUGGCAGAUCGCCCUAUUAAUGAGAGUGUGUUGUGCCCCUACUGGCAUUCAAGCAAAAAAUUAGUGUGGAUUCCAUUCUUCUGGAUGCUCAUAAGUGAAUAAUACUAGUAUUAUCUUGUGCUUGUUUUGAAAGGGCAUGGAAGAGGAUUGUAGGUACAAGUAAAAUUGUCUAGAGGGGAGUGGACUAGUGGAGAGAAAAGGAAAAAAAAAGCUGAGAACACUUUCAAGUCUUUCUAGUGGAUUAUAGUGCUUUAUCUACUCUUGUUGGUGAGUGCCACUGGAGUGUCGUUUUUCCAUUGAGCUUUCAACAAUAUUGUUGGAACUUCUUGUGCAUCUGGAGUGUAACAUAGUCGAACAGAGCUCUGGAAAGGAAUGUGGGGUCAUGGUGCAUGGACAAGAAUAUAGUUGCUGCUGUGUUCCCUCACUGGAGCAUUGUUGUAAGAAAGUAAUUGGAGGAUACUGUUUUUCGCACGGAACCAUUUUUGCUGCUUGUAAAAUUCUGGGCGAUGUCUCGCUGCUUUCCUUUUCCACCACCGGGAUAUGAAAAGAAACCCAAUUCAGAUGAUGCAUUGUUGCCAAAAGAGGAGAAGAGCAAAGAGAAAAGACAUAAAAAGGAGAAGAAGGAUAAAGAGAAGGGAGAAGGUAAAGAAAAAAGGGAUAAGGAUAGAAGGGAGGGGAAACACAAAGAAAAGAAAGACAGAAAAGAUAAACAAAAGGACAAGAAGGAAAAGAGUAGAGACAAGAAAAGGGACAGAGAGAACAAAAGCAAAAAUAAAGAUAAAAAAAGUGUCCGUGAGGAAGCAUCGGCUGUUGGUCAUCCUGGAGCUUUUUCUACUGCAGAAGAACCUGAUAAGAAUGUCAUUAAUUUGGAUGAGAAGAAAAACUCUGUUCAACACAGACAGAAGGCCAUCGAAAGCAGAUUCGGUCUUAAUGGAGAGGCAGAGGAGUUGAAAUUUGUGCAGGAGUUGGCUAGAAGGAUCAAAGAUGAAGAAAACGGAAAAGGAAUCCAGUUGGCGGGAAGAUGCUCUGGUGAGGGGCAGAAGGAAGAGAGAAUCGGCAAGGUGGUUGGGGUCAAGGUAUCUAGAAGUUUGGCUGAAGACUUGGGAAGUAACAUAGAGAGGAGUGGUGUUCAUGAUAGAAAGCUGGGUAGAGGGGUCAGAGUUGACGAAAAUGGAAAAGGAAUCCUGUUGGCGGGAAGAUUCUCUGUUGAGGGGAAGAAGGAUGAAAGAAUGGACAGGGUGCUUGGCGGCAAGGUUUCUAGAACUUUGGCUGAAGAUUGUGGGACCAACAUGGAAAGGAGUGGUGUUGAUGACAGGAAGAUGGAUGUCUUGCAAGCAACCAUGAAUGAAUCUAGACUUGGGAGUAAUGCAUUUGUCGCCCCUAACAUCUAUAGGUCCAACGAUAAUAAAGUCGAAGGGAUGCCCAUGGCUUCUGGGGUCAAAGGGAAUUCAUUGAAUUUUACUGAAAAUAAGGUUGCAUACACGGAGAAGAGUUUGGAUUGCAGGGGGAUAGAUUCACAUGCUACCCAAAGUGAAUCUAGACAAAGUGGAAACACAAUGCUCCCCAACAUCACAGUGCUUGGCAAAAGUAUGUUCGAAGGAAUGCAUAGACCGCAGGAAGAGAAUAACAAAAGGAAAGAGGAAAAAGAGAAAACUAAAGAAAGAGGUGAUGGAAAGUCGGGAGAAAAAGGAAAGGAUAAAGGUAGAGAUAAGAAGGAGAAGGAUAGAGAUAAGAAAAGGCACAAGAAGAGCAAAGACCGGGAAAAAGAGAAGAAAAAGGAGAAGUCGAAGGAGAAAAGUGAGCAUGAUAAACUUCAAAACAUUAGGAGCAAUACAACUUCAGAACUUUCAAGGGAUAACGAUGCUGGUGCUGCUUUUGAUGUAAAUCUAAAAAAAAGAAAGCUUGUUCCAAAUGGUUUUGUACAUGAUGACGAAGCUAGGCCUGCUAAAAUACUCAAGCCUGCUUCUCAUGGGCCAAUACAGAAUGGAAAUAAAGUUGAAACUCUCCAUGUUCCUGUCAAUUCAAACAUUCCAAGCGUUUCUGAGAUUAAGGUGGCUAAUAAGACGCAGAAGAUGAAUGGUGCAGUAGAUGGUCAGCCAUCAGUGUCUAUUCCUAGACCAAAGCUUUCGCCUCCUCCUACUAGUAUUGGUCAAAUUGCUGAACCAUCUCUAACACCUCCACUUGCUGAUCAAUUUGUCGAAACAACUGGGAGAACUCCUCCAGUUGAUCAUACUGCCAAGGCAGUUGGCAGACUUCCUUUUUCUGAUCAAAAUGCCGAAACACUUGGCAAACUUCCUAUUUCCAAAACGCUUGUCAAACCUCCAUUUUCCAAAACACCUGUCAAGCCUCCUCAAGCUUAUCAAACUGCUGAAACAAUUGGUAGACCUCCUUGUGCUGAUCACACUGCCGAAACACUUGGCAAACUUCCCUUUUCCAAAACAUCUGUGAAACCACCUCAAGCUUGUCAAAUUGCUGAAACACUUGGGAUACCACCUUCUGCUGAUCAAAUUGUUGAAAAACCUCUCCAUGCUGAUAAAAUUGCUGAAGUGCGUCGGAAACCUCCUAGUGCUGCUAUAUUUGCUGAAGUGUCCAAGAAACCUUCUCAUAUCAAUGUAGUUGUUGAAGCACCAAAGAGGUCUCCUCAUCCUGAUGUCAAGUAUCUGAACCAGAUUCUCACUGUUCCUAAAAUGGAAGAGUGGGUUGAAUGCGAUGAUGACAACGAAUGGUUGUUUGGAAGCAAAGAUCCUUCAGAGAAGAAGUCAGGGGUGGGUUCCAAUGUGAUCAAUGAGGAGCUGCAAGUAUGGUCCGAAGCUCGGUAUAUAGAAUCUACAGAUAUUUAUGCUCUGCCAUAUGUAAUUCCUUAUUGAGCCCUCUUGGAAUUUGGUGCAAUCCUAUGGGUGAGGUCAUCAAAUGUGACUUGUCACAUAUUCAUAACCAUCAUCAGGCCUGGGCAUGAGUAUAUGCUGGGAUUUCGGUUGCAUUGUUUUUGCUUGUGUUCUCGAAUUUUGGGGAAGUUUUGCCUCAAGUAGAACACAAAAUUGAUUCAGAGGGGAUUUUUCCCAAGGCACACCAAGGUUGACAUCAAAGUUGUCCACAAUCUUAUGCAAGUUGAUUCAUUUAGUGUAAAGCUCAGAGGCUCCUUUCUAAUUGAGUGUGAGAGGAAGUUGAGCUUUGUGGACUUUACACCUCCAGAAAAUUUUGAUUUGUAACAUAGAACUCUUUAUAGAUGUAAAAUAGAGAAAAAUGAAAGCAGUUAUUCCAAUUUAUUUAUUUCUGCUUGUGUCCGAGGCUCUGUUUGAAUGGGCAUGUGGCAAGUCCGAAUUUUUACACUGUCUUCUCACUUACAGUCUAAGC